AUGCGGCUCUUCGGCUUCUACAAGUCGCCCGUCGACGAAGAGUACUUCGGGGUUGACAAGCACGCCGGCGACAUCGGCAGCAUCGACUACCUGUUCCUCGGUGACUUCGUCGACCGCGGGACUAACUCACUCGAGGUGAUCUGUCUGUUGCUAGCGCUGAAGGUGCAGUACCCGGCGCAGAUUUCGUUGAUCCGCGGCAACCACGAAGAUGCGAAGAUCAACUGCCUCUACGGCUUUCGAGACGAGUGUCUCCGCGCCGCGCGCAAGCAGUUGUUUGAGCAGUUGCCGCUUGCCGCGCUCAUCGAGGACCGCAUCAUGUGUCUACACGGAGGCAUCGGCAGCACGGUCAAUGCCGUCGCCGACAUAGAGCAGAUUCCGCGCCCCGCGGUCGUUUCGCUGAACCCCGACUCGCUGAUCGCGCAGCGGCUCACCGAUAUUCUCUGGUCAGACCCAACCGAGAACGACAGCUGCACGGGCAUCGAGCCCAACGAGAUCCGCGACCCCGAGCUCAACGGAAAGAUCGUGCGCUUUGGGCCCGACCGCGUUAUCGAGUUCCUGCGCGCCAACAACCUGGAUCUCAUCAUCCGCGCGCACGAGUGCGUCAUGGACGGCUUCGAGCGCUUCGCGGGCGGCCGCUUGAUUACCGUCUUCAGCGCCACCGACUACUAUAGCGGAUCAGGUUGA